AUGAUCAAAUAUUGGGAUUUGCUUGAGAGAAGUAGCACAGAGGAAAUAGAAGAAGAAAGCCAAGUCGAAAGCCUGCUAAAACAACUAGACGAAAAGGAAUCCUCCUGCGAGCAAACACUUCUUAAGCUUGAUCACUAUCAGAAAACAUCAGAAGAACUUUCAACUCUGCUGAAGAACUCUGAUUUUAAGAAAGAGUUUUACGUAAAUGAAUGCCAAGAAGCAAAUAUUCGUGUAAAUGAACUUGAAUCCAAAAUUAAGGAGAUGGAAAAUCAAUUAUCGGAAUAUGAAAUAACAAAAAAGCAGCUUUCUCAUGUUUCUAGCGAGUUAAUGUCCACCCAAGGACAACUUCUUAUCAAGGAAGCUGAAAUUGCAGAGUUGAAACAUGCAAAAGUUGAGUCCAUGAUACAAAUCGAGGCUAUGGAAAGCACUUUAAGCCAAGAAAAGCUGAAAAUGGAAGAGAUUUUGAAGCACGUGUCAGAACUGAAUGAAAAUAUUAUGCAUUUGAAGCGUAAAGCUCUUGAAGUAGAGAAGGAAAAAGACGAAGCGGUGUCUGAGAAAGAGGCUGAAUUAGAAAUAGCUGCAAAUAAAGUGGCUGAAGCACAGAAGAGAUUAGAAAUUAUGCAUGACUUGGAGAAUCAGCUUCCGGAGAAAUCGGCAUUUAUAGAUUCAUUGCAAUUGGAACUUGAGCAAGCAAACGAGCUUCGCAUUUGUUCUGAGAAAGUUGCUUCCGAUGCAACUUUUGAGUUAGCCCAGCUGAAAGCAGAUGUGGAACUGCAAGGGAGAAAGUACUUGGAUCAAGCUGCUUAUAGCAGUUUGCUUGAGACAGAACUUGAAAAAUUGAAAAUGGAACUCGGAAAAUCAGAAGAAGAGGUUUGCCACCAGAAAACAAAUGCCGAGAACAUGAAAUCAGAUUUGGAGAAGAUUAGAGCUGAGGCAGUUGAGAGUCGAGAUAAAGAGAAUGAGGCACAAGUUGAGAUAGCGUUACUGAAAUUUGAUCUUCAGAAUGAGAGGUUGAAGCUUGCUGCAACUGAGGUUUCUGAAGCAAGAUCAAAGAGUGAAACAUCAGCACUACAUAACGAACUUCAGCAGCUUUCAUUAGAACUUGAUGAAGCCAAGAAAGAUAAUCAAGCCUUAGAAAACGCUAAAAAAUUGGCAGGCGACAGUAAAAGGGAUAACAUUUUGGAACCCCCUGAAGCAGGAUCAAAGAGUGAAACAUCAGCACCACAUAACAAACUUCAGCAGCUUUCAUUAGAACUCGAAGAAGCCAAGAAAGAGAAUCAAGAGUUAAAGAAAGCUAAAAAAUUGGCAGACGAAAGUAAAAGGGAUAACAUUUUGGAACCCCCUGAAGAAAACCGUACCCAGUCCAUGGAACUUUCAAAAGCCGAUGAGGAGCAGAAAAUCUAUGAAGAAAGAAAAGAUGGAACAGGUGUCCAUGAGACCUUGAUUGAGAAGAAUGCACCCUUGCAUGAAAAUGUGCUGGAAUCCGAGGGUUUGAAGCAAGAGUUGGAAGUAGCACUGUCAAAAAUCGGAGAGUUCAGGAUUCGAGCAGAACAGGCUACAAGCAGGGCAGAGGUGGCCGAGAAGGCAAAAGAAGCACUAGUGGAAGAGAUAAAAAGGCGGACGGAGCGUAAGGAAAGGAGAAAGGCUGCCAUAUCUGCACGACACAAAGAUCCGAGUUCUGAAGAUACUAGUACCACUAAUGGUUUCAAACACGACGAUGCUAUUAAAAAGGAUCACUCUCUUGGUAGGGUUCUUAACAUUAAAUUUUAG